UUAUUUGUCAACACCUUUUGGAAGUUCAGCUCUGACAUCUGACAAAAUUUAUUUAGCAAAAUUCAGAGUCAAAACAGAAAAGAACUUUACGAUCAGAACAAAAUAAACCAGUCUAGCCACACGAAGAGGAGGAGAAGAUGAACCCACGAUCCAUCGGCAUGCUGAAAAUGCUCAAACUCAAAAACUCAUGGCGUAGCACGUUACCUCGUUGUUUUGCCACUAAGAUCACAACGGUGGGCAGUGAUGAAAUAGGCAGCGGCACUGGGAUAGGCCAAAUCACUGGCGGCGUAAGGAAUAACGAGGGUGGUCCGCAUAAUGUAAAUAACCCCUCAACGAAAAUUGUCACACACCUGCCACCAUUAACUGAGCCAUUGGCGAAUUUGCCAGAGGCUGUCUACGCCCAGCCAUUGGCCGAUAGUGCGGUGACAAAGGUCACAACUUUGGCCAACGGUCUGCGCAUAGCAUCCGAACCGCGUUAUGGCCAAUUCUGCACCGUGGGCCUGGUUCUGGACUCGGGUCCACGCUACGAAGUGGCCUAUCCCAGCGGCGUUUCGCAUUUUCUCGAAAAACUGGCCUUCAAUUCCACAGUUAAUUUCCCCAAUAAAGAUGCUAUAUUGAAAGAGUUGGAGAAGAACGGCGGUAUCUGUGACUGCCAGAGCUCAAGGGAUACCUUAAUAUAUGCUGCCAGUAUAGAUAGCCGAGCCAUCGAUUCAGUUACCCGUCUUUUAGCGGACGUUACUCUAAGACCCACACUUCCUGAACAGGAAGUGAAUCUGGCGAGACGUGCAGUUAGCUUUGAAUUGGAAACGCUAGGCAUGCGGCCAGAACAAGAGCCCAUCUUGAUGGAUAUGAUUCAUGCGGCUGCCUAUAGAGAUAAUACAUUGGGCCUGCCCAAAUUGUGUCCCGUGACCAAUCUGGACAGCAUUGAUCGUCAAGUCUUGAUGAACUAUCUGAAAUAUCAUCAUGCACCCGAACGCAUGGUGAUUGCUGGCGUUGGCGUAGAUCACGAGGAGCUAGUGGAGCAUGUGACAAAAUAUUUUGUUGAAGAUCAGGCCAUUUGGGAUACGGAAAAAUUGUCGGACUCUGGUCCCAAACAAGUUGACUCAUCGUUGGCCCAGUACACGGGAGGACUUGUUAAGGAAGAUUGCGAAAUACCCAUCUAUGCUGCAGCUGGCCUGCCAGAACUAGCCCAUGUGGUUUUGGGAUUUGAAGGCACCUCUCAUCAAGACAACGACUUUGUUCCCCUAUGUGUUCUUAAUAUUAUGAUGGGAGGCGGUGGUUCAUUUUCCGCUGGAGGACCAGGCAAGGGCAUGUACUCACGGCUAUAUACCAAAGUGUUGAAUCGAUAUCAUUGGAUGUACAGUGCCACGGCGUAUAAUCAUGCCUAUACGGACACUGGACUAUUCUGUAUCCAUGGAAGUGCGCCACCCCAGCAUAUGCAGGAAAUGGUUGAGGUAUUGGCACGCGAAUUAAUAAGCAUGGCCGACGAGCCAGGCAGUGAGGAGUUGAUGCGUUCGAAAAUUCAGCUGCAAUCCAUGCUGCUAAUGAAUCUGGAAUCGCGACCAGUUGUGUUCGAGGAUGUGGGUCGACAGGUGUUGGUUUCAGGACACCGGAAACGGCCCGAGCAUUUCAUCCAAGAGAUUGAAAAAGUAAAAGCCGCUGACAUUCAGCGCGUGGCCCAGCGUCUACUUGCUUCUCCGCCAUCCGUGGCUGCUCGAGGUGAUAUUCACAAUCUGCCAGAAAUGAGCCACAUCACCAGUGCCCUCAGUGGAAAGGGAACAUCCACUUUGGGUAGAAAACUGUCGCUGUUUAAGUAGCCGAGGGCGCAUCUGAAGUCUUCUUAAGUGCAAACCUAUGUUUUUGUUACUGGCUAAAAUUGGCUAAAAAUCUAACCAAAAUUCAAUCUGAUCGUUUAAUCUUGCUGCUACAAACUCAUUUUUAUUUUGGGAUAACUAUUGGGCUCAGAUAAGAAGAGUAUAUAUUUUAUAUAUACGCGAUAAUGAAACCUUUAA